GAACACACCACAGGCUUGGGACUAUAGAUGGGGAUUAAAUGUCGGGGACAAUGAAUUUCAAAAGAAAGUACUAGGAUUCAAUCUAUUGUACCUGAUCCGAUGGUCUUCCUAGUUAAAGCACAUGACGCACCCGGAAUCAUCAUCACCACUCUUUUUCUCUGCGACAACUUCUCUUCCCACGCUUCCCCACCCACCACAAUUCCAUCAUGCGGAUCCGCUAUCCUUUUGCGGGCGCCUUCAUCUUCCUCUUAAUAUUGGCUGCCUAUAUCGGCCUGUUACCCCACAGUGCAUCCCCAAGCGUUCCAUCGCAACUACAACCCAAUGACAAGUUUCUCCAUGUCGUGACAUUCUUCUUGCUAUCUCUCAUCUUCUACUGGAUCCCCGAUACCACCCGCCGACGCACGCUGCAAUUGACCCUAAUCGUCUGCACCGUCGUCCUGGGAAUUGGCUCCGAGAUCGUCCAAGGAAUCCUCCCCAAUGGUCGUUCGUUCGACCCGUUUGACCUCCUCGCCAACAUCGUCGGCAGUCUCGGCGCAGUCGGCUUGUGCAGUUGGUACCACCGGCGGAUGCUAGACCGGCGGCGUAAAGCUCGCUUUGGAGCCCUUGGAGAUGGUGCCGACGACGAUGUUGAGCUGGGCGUCGGCCCGGGACAUGCUGAGACCGACCAUGACCAUGAGUGUUUAGGGCCUCAGGAAACAGGAGUCACGAAUCUGGAACGGGAGGUCGACAAUUGGGAUGAGAAUGCCGUCGAUAACUGGGACUCGGACGACGGCGCGGAUGAGCCUGCUGCUUUAACGGGGGAGGGCCCGAAAACUUCCCCUCCUGCCCUCCAAGGUGCCAAAGGAGAGGGGAAGAAACGAAAUGACUGAUUCGAUCCACAUCGGGGAUCUAAUCUAUUCGCCACAAAAUAUAACCUCAUCCCUCUGACGGAGGGAAAAGAAACUGAACGCCAUUGUUAUCUUACCAAUAUCACCCGCAUCACUAUUUUAUCCCUUCUCCCUCAUGGCUGACCUGUUCUACCCAAAUCACCCGUCACAUUUAACGUUGCCCUCUACACAAUAUCCUAAGCCUGAUUGCUAUGUUGCUUAGCUUGUUUGAUGACUGCUCUGCAGAAUAUAACCUUCUUUACGAUUUUAAACUCGACUACUCCGUUUUUGUGUAUUUGUUAUCCCUCUUCAUACACUACGGUCUGGCUUUCUGGCGUGUUCUUUUCAGGGACUUCCGGCGUUGUUAAUAAGGGGGGAAAGGUUUGCGCUCUCUAGCAUAUGAAGCAAAAU